ACGAAGAGAAUCCUGAAUCAGAGAACCCGCCCAACCCUACAUAGAUAGAGAAAGAGAGGGAAGAUUAAUGUAUAGAAGACGAAGGCGAUAACGGCUAACGGCUAACGGCGAAUUCAGGGACAUCAAAUGGCGCUGCCGGCGUCAAUUCUGCUGCGCUCCUUAUCCCUCACGUCCAGGAUUAGACUGCUCAAGGAGACACCAUCGUUCGGGCCUAAUAGCUGCUUGCCGCUGCUUGGCAGUCGCCGAGCUAGCAUUGCUUGUUCAAUGAAAGCAAAAAUGGCUGGGUUUAUGGAUUCUAAUUCUAUGCCCAUACGAAUUGAAAAUUUGAAAGAGAAGAUGCAAGAGGUCAUGCCUGAACCAGUUAAAACUUUUCCAUGGAAGGAUGCAGAGAAGAUACUGGUGGAGAGACUGCUUUUUAUGGGAAAGGAGACAGUGAAGUGGUCUGUUCUCUUGUUCUUUGUUGUUAGCUCCUUAUCAGAUUUUGUAGCAUCCAUAGUUAAAAACCAGGAGUUAUUGAUUCCCAUUGGUCUCUUUGCUGGUGUCUUGUUGACUAACCUUUUAAAAGAGAUAUCUCAAGAAGUGUUUGGCAACUCUGAGGAAUCAAGCUUCAAGAAGCAACUUUACGGUCUCGGUUCCUUCUUCGUUCUCGUGAAGCUAAUUACUUAUGGCCUCACAAUUCAAGUACAGACAUUUCCUCUGCAUGUAGCAAAUGGUGGGUUAAUGCAAGUUUUGUGGCUGUGGAAAAAUUUGUCAAGAGAAAGAAAUGGACUGAAUGAACAGAGCCCUUCAGUUGGUCAAGGUACGUCUUAAGCAUGGACGAAUUAGAUUGUUUCGAGUGUGUCUAUAUUUGCUACCAUGAAGAAUCUGGUCGUCGUGUAACGAUGGAAAACCAUAAUAUGAUGAGAUGUAUGUCAACCUUGUUCAUCAUUUAGAGACACAUUGAUGAGCCAGUCAUGUAUGAGUAGGUUUAAUUUUCUUUGAGUUCAACAAAAUGCGGGUGGAGGGAUUUGAACUCUUGACCUUUGGGUCGAAGACAUAUUUAACUAGUGAGUUAUGCUCAAAUUUGCAUGUAUGAGUAGAUUGUACGAAUGAAAUUUUUUGCUCUGGAAGGUAAUUCUAGCUCGGUAUUGUGUAUCGGCUUCAUAAUUUGAUAGUGAGCAAUGUUUGGUGGCGUC